CUAUCCAAGGGGGUGGCUGACGAGAACCUGUUACAAUUUCAGCUUUAAAUCUUCACAAUGGUUAUUAAGGUUUUUCUGGCUUCAUCUUCAGGUUCAACAGCGAUCAAAAAGAAACAGCAGGAUGUCGUCGGGUUUCUCAAUGCCCUAAAAAUCGAUUACGCACAGCUAGAUAUCGCCUCAAAUGAAGAGAAUCGCAUGUGGAUGCGAGAAAAUGUGCCUGGGGAUAGGAAGCCCACUAACGGAAUUCCACUUCCACCUCAGAUCUUCAAUGAGGACAACUACUGUGGGGACUAUGACACAUUCUUCGAUGCCAAAGAAGACAACUCGGUGUACGAAUUCCUGGGUCUGACCUCUCCACCUGGGUUUAAGAAAAAAGGUGUUUCAGAGGAAGAACCGAAUGAAAACACAGAUACUGCUACUGAGGAGGGGUUACAAGAAGAGACAAAUGUGUUAGAGGAACCAGUGGAGGAAAACAAUAACGAAGAAGAACAAUCACAACAAGAGGAAGAACAAGAAAGCAAAAUGCCCACUGCAGAGGAGGAAGAACAGGAAGGUGCAGUUGAAGAUGAAGCUGGAAACCAUGAAGAAGAAUUAGAGUCUGAGGAGGAGGAGGAACUUCAAGAACUAGAGGAGGAGGAAGAACUUCAACAACUAGAGGAGGAAGAAGCAGAGGACUAAUAAUCCUGACAAUCAGUCAAGUUUUACAGAAAUGGCAGCCUUGCAGAACCCCAGGACUGAAACCCAGAAGACUAUUUCUAUAAAGGCAUUCUGAAAGGACAACUUACUUCUUGAGCAUCAAAACCACCUUGCUGCUGUUUUUAUUCAAGCGUAGCUUUACUAUGAUUAUUGCAUAGAAUGUGUUUUUAGUCACUCUGGCAACCUGCAGUCUAAUACACAAAGCUAGCGGCCUGUUAUAUUAUCAUAUCUUAAUAACUUUUUAAUGCACAACUACAGCACAGAGUAUUUUGUUUUUGUUUACUGCCAUGAUGCCAUAAUAUAAAGGCCAGCUUAGUGAAACCAAAACUUCUGUUGUCUUGAUUAGUGCUGUAUGUACAGUCAAUGCCAAAGGUGUACAGUAACAUUAUAUAAUGCUCAAUUAGAGGGUAAAUCUACAAAUAAAUUAAAUAACUUGUUUAUGUCAGUAAUUUAUUAAUUUAUUAACAACCUAGAAAAAAAUUCCCUGCCGUCCAUAUUUAAUACCUUCAACAUGUGUUUCUGUAUGUCAGUAAUAUGUAAUGCAAUUUUAUUUAUGACAACAGUAUUAUUACAAAAAUGCCACUGAAAGUUUGUCUGCUUUAUAGUUAAAUGUUAAAGACUCCCUACACAUUAUUAACACACAUUUUGCAAAUGUAAGAAAUACGACAAACCCAAAGUUUGGUGUGGAGAUACGUUUCGUCACUCAUCCAAGUGACUUCUUCAGUUGGGACAGUGGUAGCCUAGUGGGUAGAGCUUUGGGCUGUCAACUGGAAGAUUGGCGGUUAAAAUCCAGGCUCUGCUAUGCAGCCACUGUUGGGUCCUUGAGCAAGGCCCUUAACCCUGUCUGCUCCAGGGGCACCGUACAAUGGCUGACCCUGCGCUCUGACCCCAGCUUCCAAACAAGCUGGGAUAUGCGAAGAAAGAAUUUCAUUGUACUGUACAUCUGUAUAUGUAUAUACUGUAUGUCAAUAAAGGAUAUCUUCAGUCUGA